CUCGCUCGCUCGCUCUUUCGGAUGCCGGCAUUGGUAGAGGGGGGAACGCAGCAGAUGGUUGAGCCUCUGCUUAGUUCCGAUCGAAAGGGUUUUAAUUAAUCUGAGGUCUCUUAACCACUGUCAACGAUUACGACUAGGGUUAGGGUUUCUAAAUCUCUCCGUCCCUUUGUGUCUCCAUCGUUGGCUGGCUUGUGAUCUGUAGAUUGGGAAAUCGUUUGUCCUCUCUGAUACCGGCAUUCCCGAGGGCCAGACACCUAUCCCGUUUCUUACUCCCCCUUUCCUCGCUCUAUAUCUUUGUGUUUGAUCGUUUCCACACAGAGGAGAUUUGUAUUCUUGUUAAUCUGUUUGUUGUUUCUGUUGUUCUCUUGUGAAAAGUCGGUUGGAUUUCUUUGACCUGUUUAUUGCUCACUGUUUGUUGAUGAUGGUAUUUAUGGGAUGGAUUCCUGUGGGUUCUUAUGGGAAUGCUCUUCAUAUUGUGUGUUGGAAAUUUGAUAAAUCCACAAGGGAGAUAGUUAGUUCGUGUUGCAGAGCAGUUCAGCGUCGGGAGGUGGGAGGAAAAUUAGAGAUUUGAUAGAGAGAGUGAGAUGGGUGAUACCCUUCUGCCUUCACUUUCCUUGAAGAACAACCAUCUGUCCACUGUAUUAUCAAUUGAGCCCACAGGCGCCGGAGCAAACGCCAUGGGUUCUUCCAAUGAUAGCAGUAAUGAUAGCACUGAGCGCGAGCUCUUGAUCCAACCACUUAAACAGCUAGUUCACGCCCGCCAUGCGCCUGACAUCAACCUUCCCCUCCCUGCUGAUAGGUCCCCUCCACUUUUCUGGAGCUCGGAUGCCUUAGAAACCCUAGACGUUAGCCUCGGACACCAGAUUUACGAGGCCGAGGCUACCGUCCUUCAUCUCCCAAAACUCUGCAACCGCAAGUGCCUGAGGAGGGGGGACAGCAUUUGGGGAGCAUGGUUCUUUUUCAACUUCUACUUCAAACCCAUUCUUUCUAACAAGUUGAAGGCGAAGAUCAUCAACGAUGGCAAUGGGUUGUUUGAUUUUGACAAAUCUGAUCUGAAACUUGAUGUUUUCUUGGUCCAGCACGAUAUGGAGAAUAUGUACAUGUGGGUUUUCAAGGAGAGGGCAGAGAAUGCGCUGGGGAAGAUGCAGCUACGAAGCUACAUGAAUGGUCACUGUCGUCCUGGUGAACCUCGAUUCCCCUUCAGUGUUGACAGGGGUUUCGUCCGAUCCCACCGGAUGCAACGCAAGCAUUACCGGGGUUUGUCGAAUCCACAGUGCAUCCAUGGGAUUGAGGUUGUGAGGCUGCCCAAUUUGACUAGCGUUUCAGAGGCGGAUCAGAAGAAAUGGUUUGAGCUUACCGGAAGGGAUGUUAAUUUCACAAUACCAGUUGAGGCUAGUGAUUUCGGUUCCUGGAGAAAUCUUCCCAGCAUGGAUUUGGAGCUUGAGAGAUCCCUUCCGCUGAAAAGCACUAUAAAUCUCCCUCCUAGAAUACCACUUAGUGGCUCCGACUUGAACCUAUUAACCGAUCCAUUGAAUCAUGAUUUGAUGGAUCUUUCUCCACAUUCGAACAAGCGCAAGAAGGAUUUAUUCCAUCAGGCUAUGGAUGAUGAUUGCUGCUUUCCUUCUAAUCCUUAUUCAGAGAGGUCUCAAGAUACGGACAUCCACCCUGGGGAGCCCUCUUGGAUCAAUGAAUUUAGUGGUUUGAUGAAGCAUGUAUACGGUCCAGUUACUGCUGCAAAAACAAUAUAUGAGGAUGAGGAGGGUUAUCUUAUAAUGCUGAGUUUGUCCUUCUCUGAUCAACACAGAGUUAAGGUUUGUUGGAGGAACAGUCUCAACCAUGGAAUUGUUAAGAUAUCUUGUGUCAGUACUGGACGGAUGCCUUAUUUAAAGAGACACGAUAGAACCUUUAAGCUCGCGGAUUCUUGUGCUGAACAUUGUCCUCCUGGGGAGUUUGUAAGAGAAAUUCCCCUACCAACUCGUAUUCCAGAGGAUGCUAAUAUUGAAGCUUACUAUGAUGAAACUGGAACAAUUCUUGAGAUUAUGGUUCCUAAGCUUCGUGUUGGUCCGGAAGAACAUGAAGUUCAUGUGUCCAUGCGCCCUCCUCAUUUGGGAACCAAUGAUCUUAUGUUGACUUGAUAAUAUUUUGAUUUAUGCCAGUAAUUCUGGUUUCAGUGGUCAAAUUUCUCUCAUUUAUUAACCAUUUAUCAUCAAAAGAAGCUCUUGAAGUGAGCGGUAUAUGUUGUGCUGAAUAUUUGGUUUUAUUUUUACAUGGAUUUGGAGCAGAAGGCCAUCCCAUAUUGUUCUGAAGAAGAAAUGUAUGUAUUUUAUUUUCAAUUCAUCCUUUUUAUAAGUGGAUAUGCGCAGUAAGAUGAGUUGUCUUUUAUUAGCAACCUUCUCUUUGCUUAGUUGUCUUGUACCUAUAGUUUCUUGUCUUGUAAUAUUAGCUUUCUCCCACUUAUAUUUAUUGGAUAA